AUGGCUUUGUUGCUUCGAUACUCGACUUUGCUCAUUUUGUCAGUCACUGUAGUAGACAGCCAGUUAGAGGUCACCAUCAGAACCGGUACAAUACGAGGUUUCAGCAAAACAUUGAACGGGAAAACUGUGAACGAAUAUUUAGGAAUUCCCUUUGCCAAGCCUCCAGUUGGGAACCUUAGAUUUGCAAAGCCCCAGCCUGCGAGCCGCUGGGAAGGGGUGAAAGACGCCACGUCGUACGGUCCAGCUUGCAUGCAGAGACCCAACCCUUUUGGAUUUCCUAAUCCGAAGAAAAUAUCUGAAGAUUGCCUGACGCUCAACGUUUUUGUUCCCGAUACCCCUGGCGUUAAAGCUGUAAUGGUCUGGAUUCAUGGCGGAGGCUACUACACAGGGGGCAGUUUUCACUAUGAUUUCACCGAAUUCGCUGCAAGAGGCGACAUUAUCGUUGUGUCAUUGAAUUAUCGCCUGGGACCAUUUGGUUUCCUGAGUAUAGAUGGCGCUAAUGCACCUGGAAAUCUGGGACUGUGGGAUCAAAUUGAGGGCCUGAAGUGGGUACAAAACAACAUUGGAGCCUUUGGUGGUGACCCUAAAAAGGUUACUACAUUCGGGGAAUCUGCCGGGGGUAGCAGUAUCUCUCAGCUUGCUCUUACCGCAAAAGCCAAAGGCCUCUUUCACCGUUUCAUUCCUCAGAGCGGGUCCGCCUGGGCAGACUGGACGUGGUCGACGGAAAAAGCUGCAACACUCUCUCUAAGGAUUGGCGACAUUCUAGGCUGCCACGCCGGGGAAACAGAGAGGUCAAAACUCCUCGACUGUCUGCGAAAAAAAACAGCUGAACGAUUUCUAGACGCGAGUAUCGUUGCUACCAUAGGUGUCCCUGGCACCCUCCAUUACAGCGCUGAGGUCGACGGCGAUAUGUUUCCAGAAUCCUUAUCAGACAUGUUUAAAAACCCUGAUUCCGAAGUCAUACAGCACUUUCGUUCUCUGGACUGUUUGGGAGGUUUCACUGACGGAGAGGCGGCGAUAUUGAUCCAUGACAUAGAUAACGGGAUCACCCCUGCAGAAUUACGAGACAAGUUCAUCCCUGAUGUGGCGAAGCAUGUCGCACCUGGCCACAAAGCCGAAAUUGAGAACGUUCUGAUGAAAGAAUACUACAACAACGCAGCUAAUAGAUAUGACACUGCUAACCGCUACGUCGACAUCUUGACGGACUGGGAUUUAGCAGGACCGGUGGCAAUUCUGACAGAUAAACACGUAUCACCAGGUGGUGGCUCUACAUACCUAUCACCCCACAAUGUUUGA